GUGUCCACCUGACCUGCCCUUAUCCACCGCCCCGACGCGACGACUGGCCGUGAGCGAGCGAAGCAGCCCCCUCUUCCCCCGCCAUCCUCCGGAGGCGCGCGAGCUGCCGGAACCGACAGGCAGCGAGCACGAUGGCCGCCUUCGCCGUCACCCCUUCCUCUUCAAUAUGCGGCGUCUGCAUCCCGACCGCGUGCCGUUUGGAUGCUCGGGACGGGGUACCCGCGCCGAGGUUCCUCCACAGCCGGAAGCAAGCGAAAAGACGGUCUUCAACAUCUUGGUCCUUGAGGGCUGGUCUAUGGGACUCUCUCAAAUCUGGAUUUUUAAAUACUAAUAACAGUACAGAGACAGUAGAGCCACCUUCAACACCAAUUGAAGACGAAGAACCUAUACCCGAGGAGCUAAUGCUUUUGGAAAGGACACUCCCUGAUGGUAGCACAGAGCAGAUCAUGUUUUCUUCAGCUGGUGAUAUUGAUGUAUAUGAUCUCCAAGCCUUAUGUGAUAAGGUAGGAUGGCCACGCAGACCUCUAACAAAAAUAGCUGCAUCGUUAAGAAACAGCUACUUGGUCGCUACACUACAUUCCAUAAUUAGAUCUUCAGAAACAGAGGGAGAAGAGAGGAAGCAACUAAUUGGUAUGGCGCGAGCAACUUCAGACCAUGCCUUCAAUGCUACAAUCUGGGAUGUUCUCGUCGACCCAUCCUAUCAGGGUCAAGGUCUUGGAAAAACACUCAUGGAGAAAGUAAUCCGUACUUUGCUUCAGAGAGAUAUCAACAACAUUACACUAUUUGCAGACAGUAAAGUCGUAGACUUCUAUAAGAACAUGGGAUUCGAAGCGGACCCUCAGGGCAUCAAGGGCAUGUUCUGGUACCCCAGGCUCUAGAUACCGGUGGCGGCGCGGCACCCGUCAAUCGUCUCUAGAAGAGCGACGACCGGCACAGUUUCCUCCAGUGCAGAAGGAAUGAUCAGCAGACGAGCUAUGUGUAACAGUGACUCGAGAGACUGAUGCCAUACCAUGUGCAAUAGGCUGUCUCACUCCCAGGUCCUGUUCAGUUUUUAUGCAAGUAGGAAAGUAUCGUUGUACUAGGAAGGAGACGGCUCAUCGGUUUCCAUGUACGACACAUGAUACCAUGGAAGUCUGGACUCGUAAUGAAGAAACUGUUUUCGAAUCAA